CCGUACCCGGACCAUUUUCACACGUAAUACUAUCGACUUCCAUCAUGCGUGGUACUAGUCUCACAUGUUGUUCUUUCGUUUUUCUUACAGAUCGAAAUGAAAUAGGAGAGAAAACGAGAUGAAAUUCCGCGUCACUAGAGAAUCGUACAUUGAGAGCACUCGGCAAGUUUCGUAUACAAUGAAAAUCAUCUCCGAUGGUUUUAUAGAAUGAAAGCAAAAGACAUAAGCGGAAGUUGAAUCUGCAAAUGUGAAUAAAGUAAAAAUUGUAUACCAGUAUACGUGUGUGGAUAUGGGAAGGGGGGGGGCAGAGAAUGAUUGAAGAUACGAAAAUAGAGUGACUACGCUCCUCGCGGUUCUCACCGCGAAACGUGUACUGUGUACAUGCAUCGCGUAUUUCUGUACGUCUUUUUUUAUUGUUCCUACAUCUGACAAUUAUAUCGCCUUGGUUUCUAAUAUCAGACCUCGUGUUACACACAUCUUUGUACGUGCAUAUGUGUAUUACGCAUAGACACGUGUACGUAGAAUGUUUGAUUUAGGGACACCUGGAAUAUUAUCGUAACGUACGAUGAUCUUAUCAACGUUUAAUCUCUGCGUUCUCGGGUACUCUCGCGUUCCAUACUGACCGCGUUACGAGUUUGUCGGGUCGAACGGGUAAGGAAAAGAUCAAAGUAUAACGUGAUAAUUCCAACGGAAGUAGACAAAAUUCAGUAUGGUUCAUUAUUUGAAUCGUAUUUACCAUCGUUAGUGAAAGCGAAGGAGUGCCGUGUUUGCUAAUACACGUCACUGGAACAGUGUUCAUGACGUGUAUAACGCAAACUCCGAGUUUCGAUUCAAAACAAAUAAAUCGUUAAAGAUACGCGUAUAGGAAUCCGAAAGAGAAACUAGUGUCGUUCGCUCGCCAGCUUUCGGCUCGGUUGAGAGUUUAAACGGAUCGAUGGCUUAAUUAAUACUGGUUGAAAACAAUUUACAAAGUGCGAGUAUGUAUUUUAACAUUCGUGGAUCUUUGACGUCGAUCAUAAACGACCGUGACCACGUGCUACUCACAAAUCAACGGCUUAUUUAGACAACGAAUUCGCAAUGUUAACAGAUGUGAAUAGCGUCGAAGCUGUAGUACGUGCUAGUUGGAGAAAUGUAUUUUGGACUCUUCCACGUUAGUAGAUGUAGAAGAUAAAAAAAGAGGAAAGACAGCGACGAAUUACACCUCUCAGUAAGGGACGAUCGAUAGCGAUAAGGGUUUAUCUUAUUCUUCGAUGAAUACAUCCAUCGUGACAGAAGAGUAAUACACAUAGGUGUGGCUAAACAGGUGAAUCUAAUUUCAAAUUGUUUGAUGAGAAACCGUCGGGAUCGGUACCACGGCAGUUCCCAAGUCCCGAAGCAGCUCGAUUCGAAAAUUAAAAAAAAAUUCAUACGUGCAGAUUAAAUGAUACCGAUUGGAUAUCUGCUCAUCGAUCAGUCAUUUCGUCUACCUUUAAUUAAUUUCAACACGGAUACCUACUUCAUGCGCGUAUAAAGAGGAAACAGAUACGGACAAGUCAUUUGUUAAAAAAUAGAUACAUUCGUAAGUAGUUGGAGUCGAAAUUCAAGAGGUUCAAAAGAGAACAAAGAUUCGUUGGUUUGUGAAAAGAAGUAGAGGUCUAGGAUGGACGCAAGUCGAAUCGAGCGUAUCAUCAGUUUAUUGUACAUCUCUUCCGCUGUAUUGUCUUUGACUUCGUUGAUCUGUCUGGUCACCGUUUGGCAGUAUUGGACAUCGAUUGUGAACUUUUGCAUCAAUGUCGAUUGCGGUUGCAUACUGUACGCUAGAAGUUCGUUCAAUUCUUUUAUGGGAGGCGAAGUGAUACUGUGUCAUUUCGGCGUGUACGGAAUGAUCCCCCCACUUAUAUUCGGCUUGUGUCUCGGCGGAUACCACGGGUACAGAUGCUGCAUCCAUAAAAAUUUAGAUGCGCCUGUACAAGUCACCAGCAGAAAUUUGGAGACCGACGAUGGGCCAGCGGUAGUAGUCAGACCUAAAAGAAGAGCGCCGUGUAAGCAAUGGACACUUGCUUCGUUCCUCACGAUAUUACUUUUCUUUCUGUCACUGACCCACGCAAUAAUAACGACGGAUGGUUAUUACAAAACUUGCGAGCAGUAUAGGAAAAGGUUGAUACAAGUUCUGAAUUCGGCUGGACGCGAAACUGAGGUCAUUCACGAUAGACUUUCUUGCGGUGCGAUGUUCGAUUUUAUGGAUUACUUGCAAUCGGACCCGGAUACGUUCGAAUACAAAAAGAUUGAUACCGGUUUCGCGCUUCGAUUAGCCAUCGUUUCUUCGUGGCUCAAUUGCUGUGCUUGGAUACUCGCGUUUUCGUUGAACGUAAUUGCGGCGCGAAAACGAUUUUGUUGUUGGACAUUACAGAUCGAUCCUCCUGAAGACGACGCGGGUGCAAUUGCUCUCGCCUCGAUUCGCUCAAGGCAUCAAACCGAAUGAUCACCGGUAAGAGUUCAUUCCAUCUACCAUCGUUUCAUUUCUCGAUACUUCGUCUUUUUGAUACUACUCAUCGAACUACGGUGUUGAAAGCAAGAUUUUAAAACACAGUUGAUUCAGUCAAGCAGAUUUUUAUACUACAUACAAUAUAAAAUAUAAUUAAAAUUGAAAUUAAAGCGUGUAUUCGUGCGUGCGAGUACAUCGACACGCAUGAGUAACGAUGAUUAAUUUAGUGUAAUAUGUAAUACUAGCACCAGCACCAUUUAAUGUAUUCCAUUUUAAAUUAUAUAAAGCGCAUGGUAUUUAUAUUUAUCGCAAUUUACUCUACGGAACAGACUCCUCGCUAAAAUAUUUUAUUCAUUCGAUACUCGCGCCGAUCUCAAGUUUUAUGAUUCUCUUGUUACUCGUAGAGGAAAAAGUUAUACAUAUGUGUUCUAUACUGACAAUUUGUAUUUUUGUAAGUAUAAUAAGUAUGAUACACUGCGUCGGGGAUGGCUAAAUUGCACGUUCGUUUUCUCCCUCCUUUCUUUUUCUUCCUCGUUUCAUUUCAUCGUUUCGCUUGCGUCAUUGUCUCUUCGUUAUUAAUCGGUCGCGUUUUGCAUCACAUAUGUAACGUAUAUCGCGUAUUAUGUAGGAACCAUGAUACAAAGAAUAUUUCGCGUUUGGUACACUUAUCUAGACAAUAAGUAUCUAAUUAUAUGUAUGUACAUAUGUAUGCUGUACAUGUAGUUACGAAGAAUAAGUUUAGGACGGGAGGGAAUCGAGACUAAACGUGAGAGAAUGCGUGCUCAUUGGAAAGAAA